GUGGUCAGCGGAUGUGUCGGCCACUCGUUGGAAAAUUUCGGAUAGAUAAAUGUGAUAAAACAACAAAAUAGAAUAAAAACAUAAGGAAACUGUGUUGUGAUGACACAAAUCUAAUGUUUCAAAAUAAUUUUUUUCUUCUAAUUAAAUCUUCGACAUGGAAGAUAGUAUCUACAUUCCGAAUACUGCUGAAUCGGUUAAAGUGACGAAUGUCAUCGAUCCCUUUCACAUAAGGAUUCGUCGAACAGAAAAUUAUGCCACAGAGAUUGUUCGGCUAGAGGGAGAAUUACACAGGAUAGCCAAAACCAAUUUACAGAAGUAUGGAGACCACUUGCACCCCCAAAUUGGAGAUAUGGUGAUCAUUGACAACAGGAGCAGUUUCAACGCUGAAUUACCAGGAUGGUGUUGCAGGGGAAUUGUUGGAUUGUUCAAUACCAUCAAUACAAAAUAUAGAGUAUUCUUGCCUGAUCAUGGUAUAGCAUUGGAAUUCUGGAUGGAAGAUUUAAAAAUCUUACCGCCUUUUUCCAUAUCUGAUGAUUUUUUAACAUCAUCCAUUGGCAUCCACGAUAUAUUGCCAAUCACUACGGGAGAUGAAAGUGCCUGUAUUUCAGAAUUUUGGAGCAACAGUGCUAUACGAUUUACUAAAGAAAUCUUGAGUGCAUCUACUCAGACAUACUUUGAUUGUCUCUCCUUUGAUAAGUCUGGAAAUAAAUUUGGUGAGCUGUAUUUGAUCGUAGAUAAUGAGAUCAUUGUUCUCAGCGAAGCACUGAUUUACAAUCAAUUUGCAACAGCUAUAAAUUCCAGUUUGAUCGAGAUAAUUGAAAACACCGAUAUAUCUAGUAGAGUAUCAGUUGAGAACUCUCCAAUAAAAACAACCAAAGAAACUACAUUGGAAUUGAGUAGAAAAAAUUUAGAUACAACUGACUAUAAUAAAGGACGUAACAAAAAUAAUGCUGUUUAUGCACAUGCAUUCAAUGGAUCACCAAAAGGCAAUUCCUGUGUCAAUUCCAGUCAUGAAAUAUUAGUAUGCAGCAAACUUCUGUGUGAGCAACUUAACUCAGUGGCUGAAGCUGGAUUCCCUGAGAAAAUACAUAAGACACUGCGCUCAAUGACACUUGUGAGGCCAAUGCGCCUCCAAGGAUAUGUCUGGCCUGCAAUAUGCAAAGGCUUGAAUGUGGUAGCAGUUAAUUCUCCGAGAUCUGGAAAAACAUUAUCGUAUCUUAUACCAAUAACCAGCUUGGUUGCUGCCAACGAAAUAUACCCAAAGUUCUCAUCUGGACUCAAUGGGCCACUGGUAAUAAUACUAUGUGUAUCUUCCACUGAUGUUUUUCAUGUCCACGAGAAAUGUAAGCAAAUAUUGAAGGAGUAUCCCAAAAUACGAAUUUUAACGGCUUUUAAUGGGAUGCCAGAAAAAAACCUUAUGAUGAAACUAUACAAUGGUUGUGAAAUUCUCAUUUCUACACCUCCGUGCUUGAAGAGAUUGAUCAAGAAUAAUAGGAAGCUGUUAAACUUGAACCGACUAUUUCACAUGAUCUUCGAUGGAGCAGACGUGAUACUUGAUAAGUAUCGCAAAUCGUUAGGAGAAAUAUUCAGAGUUAUAAAGGAAGUCCAACAUGGACAUUGCAAGUUACCUGGCUCAAUGCCACUGCAAUUGAUAACAAUUGCACAGCACUGGACACCUUUGAUGAGGAACUUUGUUGAUGCAUUCAUCAAAGACCCAUAUGUCUGUAUUGGAUCAUAUAUGGAAGCAGUGGUGUAUGCAUCUUUUAAAACAAAGCUCUAUAUCAAUCCCAAACAAGAAAAGGCUGCGAAAGUGGUUGACUUACUUGGAUCGCAAUGGUCGAUGCUCAAGACAGUAAUAGUAUGCACAACUCCGCAUGAAGCGAGAGAACUCUCAGAAUAUCUUAAAUCAGCUUCUAUAGAUACCCUUAUCGCUCAUGAUGAGAUGAUUUUCACUGAUAUACGAGGCAUCAGAGAGUCCUGGAUGGUGAAAGUAUCAGGUAUGUAUUCUGUGCUCGUUUGCACAGACCAGGUGCUCUCAGACUUGAAUAUCAGGGAUGCAGAAUUACUGAUCCACUAUUCGCUUGCCUCAAACACGAAGACUCAGUUCUUCUACAGGUUUUCAACACUGGCUAACAAUUUUUCUCCGCAAACGCGUGGAAAGGACCGACCAAAGCUCAGGUUCAUUAUGAUUGCUGAUGAAAGCAAUGACACCCAGUUAUACGGAAUUAUUACUAUUAUGAGAAGGCUAAAAACUAAAAUAAGACCAGAAAUGGAAGCUUAUUUCGAGAAAAUAUUUAUAUCAACGGAAAUGGCUAAGACUGAUCGACAAUUAUGUGAAAAUCUUAAAGCCUUUGGGUGCUGCCCUUACAGGGAUGCCUGCACAAGUAGACAUUGUAUUAUCCCUGAGAUUGAUCAACCAUCCACACAGAUAAAAACUGGCGAUUAUGUAAAAUUCGUUAUCACAUCUAUCCAUAGUGCCAAUCACUAUUCAGCCAGGGUAGUAGAAUACACAAGGGCAAACACAAAUGAAAAAGUAACAUUUUCAUUUGAGGAACUUGCUAAACUUUCAGUUGAGUUACAGAAUCAUUAUGCAGAUCCAACUAGAAGGAGAUCAGCUAGAACGGUGAGUGUUGGUCACAUUUGUGCUGUGGAAGAGGCUCCAGGAAAUUACAAAAGAGUGAAGGUUUUGUCGCUGGUAGACAAAGAAUCAUCCAACAUCCAAGAUGUGGAAGUGCGUUGCAUAGAUGAUGGAGACAUAUCUUUUGUUAAAAUCUCUCAGCUACUCGAAGUUCCACACGAACUUGCGGAAUGGCCAUCUCAUUUUGUAGACAUCUAUCUGACAGGCAUUAUUCCAUUCGAUGAGGAGCCUACUUGGAGUCCAUGCGCUGAUCGAAUGGCUUAUACUUGGCUACAUGAAACGGUGACCCAUUCGACAUCAUCCGUUUUUGGAAAGGUAUUGCUUCACCUCAGUCAUAUCCUAUGGAUCGAUCCCUUAGAAGUUAGGGAUAAAUUGGCCAAUGGUUAUCCAGAUUUAAUUGAUGCAUCAUUGAAAAACACAUUGAUUAGCAAUAAGUGCGCCAUGAAGAAUGAAGAGCACAUCAAGAAUCUACUCGCCCUUUGUAGAACUAGCGAAGUAAGCAAUUAAUAAUAUAAUUUAGUUAGUAAUUUGAACAAUCUUGCUCCAUGGGUAAGAAAUAAAUGAGUAUAUACAUGA